AUUGACCCAUGGUAUCCUGCUGGAAUGAUUGACAGGGAUUAGGAUGCUGAAUUCUGCUCAUGAAGUAUCAGACCAAAAUGCUUCCCUUUAACAUACUGUAACAGCUUUUAAAAAUGAAUACUUUAUUUGCUGUGGCUUUUAUUGCUGCCUGCUUUCCUGACUUUGCCCACCACUUUGUGCUAAGCAGUGAAAGUGCUGUGUUCAGUCAUCAUGAGGCAAAAUUUCCGAGGGAUGAAACAAGACAGGUAGAAUAUAAAAUUGUAAAUACCUGGGACAGCAUACCGGUUUUGCAUGCUCCAGUGACGAUCACAUUUAAACCUGGUGUUCAAGGCUUAGUAAUGGAAGUGAACUCCUUAUUCUUCGAUGAUCCUCCAGCUCCACCUGGUGAACCUGGAAAGCCUUUUGAUGGCCUUUGGGACUAUGAAGUGGCUGAAUCCUUCUUUUUGAAUAGUGCAACAAGAAACUAUCUGGAAGUGGAAGUCUGCCCGCAUGGCCAACAUUUUGUAUUACUUCUUUCUGCAGGAGAUUGUAUUGAGAAAGGACUUCCAUUGACAUUUAAAGCUGAUAUAAAUGGGGGCAUCUGGAAUGGUACAGCAAUUAUUCCUUGGGACUACUUCCCCCCUGGUGUGGACAAGAUGAAUUCAUAUGCAAUCCAUGGGUCUGGGGUUGGGAGAAUGUAUGAGGCACUUUAUCCAAUACCACAAGAAGAGAUCAAAGAAGGGCAGGGCCCUAAUUUCCAUCGUCUAGAAUAUUUCAAAGAUUUCAGUCUGAAGGACAUAAUGGGAGAAGACUGGAACCAGCCUCCAUCAGAUCUGUGGUCAUAACUUCAUCAACCUCUGAAGUCAAGUCAAUCAUUGAGAAAAAUAAUUACAAAACACGUAACAAUGUGUUGUGCUUCAAUAUGAGAUGUCAAAUAUUUAAUUAGUUGUGUCGUCUCAUGGUGUUAGUAGGUCAGCCAAUUAAAAUAAAUGAAUUGAUUGGGCCUUUCAGUGUUUUCAUAUGGAGAAAGAUUUUCCAAUAGAUAUCCUGAUCUCAGGUAAUGAAAGCCUAAAAGGUUAGCAUUAUGUCAGCCAUAAAGUUGGGAGGAUCUUAACAUGCUUUCUUCCAACACUAAGUCAAGUUUUAUUUUCUAUCUCUUCCUGGAAACCUUUUUGAAUUCUGUUGUAGCACUAUUGGCUAAGCAUAGUUUUUGAAUUCUGUCAUUCACAUGGUGUCCCAAAAAUGUAAAAGGAGCUCUGUAGGAUCAGGCCAAAGGCCCUUGUAGAAUAGCAUCCUGUUCUUGCAGAGACCAACCAGAUGUCUAUAGGAAGGCCACAAGCAAUAUCUCAUACUUGUGGAUUCCAGAAACUGGUAUUCAGAAACAUAUUGUCUCUGACAAUGGAGAUAAAACAUGGCCACCUUCAUUAGUUACCAGGAGACCUUGACAGUACUGAUUGCCAUCAGGGAUCACACUUCUGAGUGAGGUUAAUAAUUCCAUUUGGUAACAAAUGAACAGUCAUAUGAAUUUGCCUGAAUUAAGCUAUUCAAUAUUUACCCUUCUUUCAGGUUCCUUUUUUAAUACCCCUUUUGACAGUUGGAAGCAGUUACUGGCUUUAAAAAGGGCAUUUUGCAAUGUUACUUUGUGCUGUUUACCUAAUUGACAUCUUGAUUGCAUACUACAAUUAAUGAAAUUAGUGGCGAUCAUUUUGCUCUCCAUCAUUUAUGUAUAUUGGGCCCUCUGCAACCCUGAUGCCCAAGGAUAUUGUAGUUAACAUGCUGGUCAUCUAUCAAUGUGGUAAAAUGGCAACACGGUGUUGAAUGCAAUUGCCUGAGAUCAAAUGCUAUUCUUAAAAAAAUGGUUGCAAUUCAAGUAAAAUGAGCUCCGGGGAUUAAUUUGGUCCAUCAUCCCUUAAGCCUUCACUAGCAUCCCUUUUUAAUUUGUCAUGUAAAGUGUGAUUUCAGGAACUUUAAAGUGUGCAAAGUUUGCUUUGCAGAGUGUUAUUAACUAGGAGGAUUCUGGAUUAAUUUAGCAGCCAGGUCUGCUCUUUCAGCCAUAAGCCAUGCUUCUCAGGGAAACCUAAUUACACUUUAAGUGGGAUGCAAAUGAGUUGUGACACUACAUCAUUUCACAUGAAAGGUUCAUUACUUACAUUAAGUCGAACAAUGCUCUUUCCUAAGCAUGGGCUCAUUACAAUUUUUUGUAUAUUUUAACAUGGUCAAAUGUGAGUAUGGCAUUUUCUCUUAAUAUGUACCUUCCUAAAUACAACUUAUUUCCUUAAUCAUUUAAGCUUUAAGUUGUUGAGAUAACUGAAUCUGUAUAAAGUGAACUAGUUUUGGCACUGCUAAAUACGAGCUGAGCUUUUCCUUUAAUAUGUUUCUUCUUAACUUCACGGUUUCAUUUUAAGCUUUUUGCUUCAUGAGUUACACAUUUAUGCGGACAUGUGCAUAUAUGAACACACACGUACACAGAGUUAUGAAAUGAUUUUAAAAACCUGUUCUAAAGUCAUCCACCUAGUUCAGUGGAAUGCUAUGGAUUCAGAUUUUCCUUCUUUUUGGAAAGAAGCAACAGAGAUAUGGCAUUUUCCUCUCGUAUUAUUUUAAACAUAUAAGCCUCAUUUGGAAAAUAUAUACACAGUCAUUUAUGUUUGGAAAAAAUAUUGAUUGGUACCUGUGAGGGACAGAAGUUACAGGCAGGUCCCUCCCAUCUUAAGUACCAGCUCGUCGCCCAGCGCUAGUGCAAGUGGGGAGGGGGAUACCUCCAGCGGCGACUCAGGAAGUGGUGACCGAGGCUCAGGCAAGGUAGCGGAGCCCAUGCCUAGUGUGGGAAGGGAAGCGGGAGGCAAGGGAAGAAGGCCGAUACCGCCGACCCCGGAAUUGCGCAGGAAACGACGGGGGCGGAGAUUCAGUAUCCCUAGACUACUUUGCUGGAAGAAAACGCGCGAACCUCCAUUCGGAGGUUCUGACCCCUGACUGACAACAUGUACAUAGCACUGUUCUGCACUGUAAAUAAUCAGCACUGAAUAAAAGCAUGAAAAGACAACGCUUUGAGGAGUCGUUACUCUAGAGUAGCCGCUACCGCGCCUGUGACAGUACCAUUUCUCACCUGUGCUCUUUGGUUGGUUUUUGGCAAAAAGAAAAAAGAAAAAAAAAGGAAUUUUGUCUGGCAAUGUUUUCAGACCUAGGACUCACUUUUAACCCAAACAUGCAUUUGGGAACUGAUUUAUUAAUCUUUUACCAUGUGAAUGCAAAGUACCGUAGUAGCGCUACUGAUGCAAACCACAUUGAAUGAGGUUGUGACCCACUAGUGGGUCUCAACCCACCAGUUGAAGAGCAAUGCAAUAAAGUCCCUUCCGGCAUAGCAGGAGGGGAGGUUGCGGGCACCCACGAGCCCUUCACGUGC